UUGCUUCAAAAUGACUCGAUCAAGAAGUCAUUGGAAUGGUGCCACAGUAGCGAACCUCCUCCAAAUUUCUUUUGGUCUGUCUACUGUUUAUAAGUGAGCAGAUAGGAUGGUACAGCGGCUCGUGUACAGGCGUAGGUUAUCCUACAACACCAAGAGCAACCGGAGGAGGGUCGUCCGCACCCCAGGUGGCCGUCUGGUAUACCAGUACCUCAAGAAGCCCAAGAGGAUAUCCAGAUGUGGUCAAUGCAAGGACAAGUUGAGGGGCAUUGUGCCGGCAAGGCCGAUGGAAAGGGCCAGGAUCUGCAAAAGAAAGCAAACCGUAAAGCGUUCUUACGGUGGUGUCCUCUGCCAUAAAUGCGUCAAAGAACGCAUUGUGCGUGCCUUCCUUAUUGAGGAACAAAAGAUUGUACAAAAGGUAAUGAGGACACAACAACCGGUCAUUGCCGUUCCAGCUAAGAAGACAUAAUUUUGUUCAAUAAAAUUUUAAUAUACAGUUUUUAAAAACAG